AUGCACGCAGACAAGCCGGGAGGCCAGCUCAAGCGGCUGCUCGCACAGCCGCAAGACAGGAGACGGCUAUUGCACGGAAUGCCUCUGAAUGCUCCCAGACCUAUGCUGAAAGCCUGCCGACCUCUGGUAUGGGGUGAAUGGGGACACUUGCAACAAGCUGUCAUACUGAUAUUAUGCCUACUGUCCCUGAAUAUACAUUAGGGGUUCAAUUGUCUUCUGUCUUACUGUCCCCUUUCUCCCCUUACGUCCCCAUAGAAUAGUUAUCACCAACAAAGUUAUAUUUGCUUUGUAGCAGAGGAUAGUUAAUACCUACCGGUGCAUGCAACUACAAUCACUUACGUUCACUUACAAGACACUGUUUUGAUUAGUCCAGCAUACUCUAACGGCUGCCCUGCUGAAGUAUCAACGAUAGCCUAGCAUGUUACUCUGAUUUUUCAAACACAAAUAUGUCUCCCUACCGAUGUGAUUACUCAUCUGCAUAACUAUGUGUACAUAUUUUCUUUAUGUGAUCCACACAUUACUAACAUGUUACCUCUACUAAUAUAAUUGGUGUAAAGCUACUUAACCAAGCCUGUCUAAAAUAUAAAACUGUGCCUGUUACUUCUAUGCCCCGCAUGUUAAGCGAGGAAUUGCCUGAGGAUUGCUUUUGGGGCCACUCUUAUGCACUGAAAAAAUAAAGAAUUAAAAAAAAAAAAAGAUUAAAUGCUGCCCCCUAAUUCACAUGGGGGCUUCGGCAAUAUUGCAAAUGGAUUAGGAACUCCAAGCACCAUAACCACUUAAGUGAUAUAAUUAACUGUCUGCUUUACACAAACGUUCAUUAAUCUAACUUUAUGAAGUUUACACUUUUAACCCUUUCCUGGCGGGCGAUUCGUCGUAAUAAAGCGUUCAUAAGGGGUUAAAUCCAGAAUAUCUCCUGUAACAGAGUCUGAGGCACAGCUCUAAUAAAUAUUUAGUCUGCAUUCGGCUCUCCCGGAUUGUUGCUGUAGGUUUGUGCGUCCUCGUGCAUUGCCUUGUCCACUGGUAAUUCAAUAGGACGUAACGCUAUGGAAAUCUAUGCAGAAAUGCGUACACACACUGCAAGGAAUCGCAGGAGCAAGUUUAUUAAUUCAUUUCUUUCUCUGGCUGUACAUUGUAUAUUCCGUCAAGGUAUGGUUUUAUUGAGGGCUUUUCGGCAUGCUGCGCAUGUUAAGCAGCUGUGCAGCAAGACACGUGCCCGAGGGUUAUUUGCCAGACAGCAAAUCGAAAAAUUUACAAAAUAUUAGCAGAGUUGGGAAAAUACUAAUUUUUUUUUCCUCUGGUUAUUUUGGCUUGGAUUUUAUAAUUCAGUUUAGAAUUACGUCAAAAUAAUAAUUACUUUACAUGGUAAUAGAAUGUUUGAUUUUAAAGCGAUAUUUUAUCAUAUUCUCACUGACCGUACGCCAUUUGCUGAAUGCCUGGGGAAGGCUUACAAGGGCUGCAGAGAACUGGUCUGCAGCUUUUACGAGCUGUUAACAGGAUUUACAUGCCAUUAAGCAUUUAAGACAAUAUAUCAGAAAAUACAAAGCACUAUUGUAUUAUUUUUUUUUAAGGCGAACAAACUAUUUGUGUGGGUUAAAUUUGGUGUCUAGUCAGGAGGUAAGGCCAGUAGUGACAUGCGUGUCAGUUAAAUGUUACAGGGUGAUGAUAGCACCCGAUGCUCCUGAUCAGUGCGACUGUUGGUUUUGGACCCAUGGGAUGAGGGGUUGUGGAACCUACUACCCUGUGGACUAGUGAGUUGUCUCGGCUGUCGAGGUCUAGGUUGCGAUCCCUGAGUGUGUACAUGGUAGUUGCCCUCACCUGCUGUCUGGGUUACCAGGGCCGGAUGCGUGAGAUUAAUAAAAUGUGCCGCUUUACCAACUAGUGCUAACCCACCAGCCACAAGGCAACGCACCUUUGAGAGCCCAAAACGGCUCCAAAACCUCCCGAGCCUGCUGCAUCGGUAAACAGGUGGAGGUCGGCGUUAGAGACCUCCAGGGCCUGCCAGUACGUUCUACUGUUAUAGGAGGCCAAGAAGGAAUCCCAGACCCCUAGAUCAUCCCGCAACGACCGAGUAAGAGUAGUUUCUAACAAGAAUCAGUUUCACUCAUCACAUAGUAGGAUGAUUGGAACUGCUCCAUAAACAGAAAGCAGUACAUACUGUGGUUGGUCAGCAACAAAGAGUAUCGGGAUCCAGGGGCUGAGCAGGUAUAAUGCCGCCAUGUAAAUGUGUCUCUCGGACAGCCGGGUGGAGCUGCAGGCAGUCUGCGAGGCGAGGAGCACUGCCACUCUCCAAUCACAAUCCCAGCAGCUUUUCUGAGUGUCUUCUGUCCUUCCUGCACUCCAGCUGCUCUCCCCCUACAAUCCAUAUCCUACUGCACUCCAGCUGCUCUCCCCCUACAAUCCAUCUCCUACUGCACUCCAGCUGCUCUCCCCCCCAGACUCCAGCUCCCACUGCACUCCAGUUCUCCCUUCCCCACACUCCAUCUCCCCCUGCACUCAAGCAGCUCUCUCAUAUCCCGCACUAAAACUCUAACAUCCUGCAGCUCUCCAAUGUCCUGCACUUCAACUCUAACCUCCCCUGCACUCCAGAUCCACCUCCGUGCUCCAUAUCUCCCCCCCCACAUCCAGCUGCACUCCAGCCUCCCCCCCCCACACACUUCAGCCCACCACCACCACAUCUCGGCAGGAAGAGGCCAUAAAAUGGCAGAUUUACCCCCCUUUCCCCCCCUCCGUGCUCCCACUGCCUUCACUACCAGGUACUAGCAACCUUCAAAUACCCAACAGCUCAUGACUAACAGUGAGCUUGUCUGUAGUGUUCUUGUGUGUCAAUGAGCAUGUUUGUAGUGAGAUUCUGUGUGUGUCAGUGAGCUUGUCUGUAGUGAGAUUCUGUGUGUGUCAGUGAGCUUGUCUGUAGUGAGAUUCCAUGUGGGUCAGUGAGCUUGUCUGUAGUGAAAUUCCGUGUGUGUCAGUGAGCUUGUCUGUAGUAAGAUUCUGUGUGUAUACCAAUGAGUUUGUACUAAGUUUGUUUAUUUGCAAGUGAAAAGACCAAUAUUUCUGUGUGUCAGUGAGGCUGUCUGUGCGUGCCUGCAUUCUGUAUAAUUUUAUUUUUUAACCUAAUAGGACCAAUAUUUUAAAGUAAAAAAGGAACACAGCAAUAAUAAGUUUAUAUAUAUGCUUAGUACGUGCUUACAGGGCUUGCAUACAUUUUUAUUCAAGGCUGCUUUGUAUUCCGGGUCUGGCCUUUGCAGAAAGCAGUUACAAGAAAGAAAAAAAUGACAAAAAAGACAAAACAUAUAGUGCAGCAGAAUGUGGGAAUUGAUCAUUCGCGCCAGGAAAACUUCUCAGAAAAGGAGCCGAUUAUUCUACAACACGUUCAUACGUCUCUCCCUUUGUUCAAGGGUAACCAGACAUCCUUUUGUUCGAUCAUAGUUUUGGGACAGAGGUGUAUUGUGGGAAUUCAUGUGAGAAGGCAGAACAUGUUGGCCUAUUUACAGUGGUUUAAUCAUGAUUAUUCACUAAAGUGUGAAUUGUGGGGAGGUAAUUUCAAAUUCAAAGCCCAAAGUAGCCGAAUGGUAAACCCAGCUGAUUGGGAGAAUUUUUUUCAAUUCAGUUAUUUUAGCCAAAAAGUUUAAAAUAUUAAAUUGCAUUCCUGGAAGUUCCCAGGUUAAUGAUUAACCCUGUUAGUAAUAAAACAAAUGUCUGGAUACAGAACCCGGGUUUUCCUGCUGUUUGUGACGUUAUUUACAGAACCCAGGUUUUCCUGCUGUUUGUGACGUUAUUUACAGAACCCAGGACUUCCCGCUGUUUGUGACGUUAUUUACAGAACCCAGGACUUCCUGCUGUUUGUGACGUUAUUUACAGAACCCAGGACUUCCUGCUGUUUGUGACGUUAUUUACAGAACCCAGGUCUUCCUGCUGUUUGUGACGUUAUUUACAGAACCCAGGUCUUCCCGCUGGUUUUGGCGUUCUUUACAGAACCCAGGGUUUCCCGCUGUUUUUGGCGUUAUUUACAGAACCCAGGUCUUCCCGCUGUAUUUGGCGUUAUUUACAGAUCCCAGGUCUUCCCGCUGUUUUUGGCGUUAUUUACAGAACCCAGGUCUUCCCGCUGUUUGUGGCGUUAUUUACAGAACCCAGGUCUUCCCGCUGUUUGUUGCGUUAUUUACGCUGCUUGCUUGUAAACAUGACAAGCAAACACUGGGUGAAUUGUGUCAGGAGAUAAAUACAUGAAUUCUGGAGUAAAGCAAGUAAUCUGUUGGCAUAUAAAUGGGGGCAGAAAAUGUCGCAGCUAUCGGUGAAGCAGGUGCGAGGUACUGGGAGCUUCCAGCCAUAUAAUUGGCCCAUUACAUGAUGCAGCAGUUAUAACGAGAUGGGAACAAUCGUUUAUCUCUGCCACUGGAUGACGAGUCCACCUGCUCUCACGCUCCCAGCAUGACGCUGGAGUUUACAGGACGUCGCUUUGUAACUUCUAAUUUCUAUAUCGUUCAACUAGACAACAGGAGCAAUGGAAAUUAUAUUUAUAUUAACAUGUGAUAAAGCACAAUCAAAUUUACCCCAAGUAGAGGAGUCGGAGACUUGCUUUUUUUUUACCCAUCUCCAGUACUGUGAGCUAAAGGGAAAUGUCAUGAUCACGGACUCAUUCCAUGAUGCCUCGAGCGUGUUUAUUCAUAACCUGGCUUUUACAGAGAUUCUCCUGAAAUGCUGCACGUACGCUCUUUGUGUAUGACACUGCCGGGGGUUAAUUAUUCACAAGCUUUUAUCAAAAUCACCUCUGCUUGCUUCCCUGGAUGCUUAUUUGAUUUCCCAGCUGGAGUUGGGACAUCUAGGGAUGGUCUGGACCCAUCCUACAUUUUGAGUUUCUGACAGGAGAUAACCUGAAUGACUCUGGCACUGUUCACCGGAUCGAGACUGUGCCGGGAUCCGGUGAAUCUUUGAUUAGGUAUCCCUUGGUCUACAGAUCACCAAACAGGGCGCUAUGUGGAGGGGAGCUCAGUGACGUGAUGAGGCAUCGAGAGAUACCAAGGACUUGUGGGAGCUCCCUUCUAUAAGGCUCGGGAACAAUUUAUUUGAGACCAGGACCUUCCAAGCUCAGCAUGGGACUCUCCACUGGUUCAACACAUGGCCGCAGUCAAACUUCAAACGGUUAUUGCUUGGGCUGGGCACCUCCGAUCCAGGUGCAUUUUGGACAGAUUGCACCCGAGAACCAGAUCUUUCCAGGGAUAUAUCAUGUUUGGGGAUUACUAGUGGGAAACCGUAUGUUUUGGGGAUACAAAUAUCUCUGUCACACAAUGUAAAGGAAAAUAGCUCAACCUAUCGUUACAUUUUAGUUGGCCAUUUGAUUGUGCCAUUAAUUUAAAGGGACAGCUCCUCUUAUACAGUUUGUCAGUUCACAGUUUAGCAAAUUCCAACUAAUGCUUUUGAUUUGCUGUAGUUUAGCGUUUAGCCUGCUGCUGAGAAAGUUGAGGAUUGUGUGUGAUCUCUGGUUUAGUAUUGGCCUGGCUAUGGCUGGGAUUUGAGUGCUGACGUCUCAGUUGGUUUGGAAACAAAAAUAAAUAGAUAUCCAUAAAACCCACUUGGCAUUUUCUAAGGAUUGUGAUGCGUCACUAAGGGCAUUAUGUCUGCCCCUGGCACAAUAUGUGUUUUCCAUUAAAUUUCUCAUCUGGAUAAUGAAUUAUUUCUGGGCUUUGUUGGCACAAAUCAAAUAGUCUCAGCAUUAUUCUCUGUAGCAAAUCCUCCCGACUGGACAUCCACUUACUGCGCCACUCGUCUAUGGAACAAGAGGGUGCGGAGGGUGAACGGGACUGUGGUUCCUACGGCUGAUUGACAGCUCCAUAUCCUAAGAUAUUCUGAAGCACAAUCUUCCUGUAUGUCGCUGUGCUGUGCAGGCGAUCCAAUCUCGUCAUUAAUUUAGAGGCUACAAUGAGUCUGCAACUGUCUUAGAUAGGGGUUUACUAACUAAUCCAGGAAUGGGAAAAUCGACAGAGAAAUUGCAAAUGUCAGGCCAGGUCAGCCUAGCCGGCAAAUGUCCCACCUCCAACUCCAUUACUUUGUUCUAAAAGUUACAAAUCCUUCGCCUCUAUGAAUAAUGAUUAAGCAAACCCUCAUAAUGGAUAUAGCGCCUGGCAUUUAAUCCAUUUAUGUAUAAUCCAUAUACACACACACGGCUCUUCACUAAACUCAGCGUUCUAGCAGGCAAGGGACAUGCAUCACUUGACAAUUAUUUUAAACUAGCAAGCACUCCUAAACAAAUCAACCAAAAUAAAGCAAGAAAACCUUUAAAAGUAUGUAAUAAAUUAUUAUAAACUUACUCUAAACUUUGUCAGAUUGCAUUGUUGGGCACUCCUCUUAACUAGGGGAGUUUCUUCAGCACAUCCCUCCUUCCCACCCAUAUCACUUUCAGACCAGUCCAUUAAUAACAGAAUUAGGGCAUCACUGUGCAGCAGCAGGAGAGAGUAACCCAACACCGAAGCCUUCUCUGCAUGGUCACACUGAAGAGACUUCCACUCUUUUUCCCCCCAGCAUGUUGCAAGGUGAUGAGAUCUUCCAGCUCUACUUGUGUGAAUCUUUCAGGCAUGUCCUGUCCACUUUUCCAGGAUCCCAAGGGAUAGGACACUGAUUGGCUAGAUCAGUGUCCCCCUGGAGUGAUUGUGGAAAGCAUAAGAAGGAAAAAGGUAAAUAUAAAAAAGUCAUAUUUACCUGCUCUUUUUUCAGCCUGCAGAGUGAGGUUACGGUCUCAUUCAAAGCUAAAGCUUUUAAAUAAGACAGUUGUCUCAAAGCCUUUAAAACCGAAAGGCAUAGGUGAUUUGGAAUAAAAAUUCUCCAACUUCGCUAUACGCUAUUUGUGCCUACGUUUUGACGGUUUGUACUUUCACUAUUGUAGCUGAACGUUUGCUGACGUUAUUGACUUGUUAACACUGAUAUAAUAAUAGGGAUUAAAGCAUUGUAUUCACUUAUUGAUCUGCUUUUACUAUAGGAUGAGAAAAACCAGAUGAUGACGACCAAUGUUUGGGUGAAACAGGUAGGUCUCCUAAAUGAUCUCUCUAUAUCUGGGUUAUAUGGCACAAUGUGAGGAGUUAUUGGGAGGAUUAUGUAGCACAAUGAGAGGUGUUUUAGAAUGUGAUAAAUUUAGAGCAAUUAUUUACCGGGAGGGAUAGAGUGGAGCAAUGGCGGUAGUCUUAGAUAAAAGGGGAGUUUAAGGGGUAAAAGGGUGAGAAAGGAAUUGUAUGGUGCAAUAGGAGGAAUUCUGUAGACUCAACUCUGCUUUUACACCCCCUUCUUCUCGCCCCAUUCAUUUUAUCUCGCUCUCUGUCAAAGGAAUGGAAUGAUUAUAAACUGCGCUGGGAUCCGUUGGAAUACGAGAACGUGACAUCGAUCCGAAUCCCGUCUGAGCUGAUCUGGAGGCCGGAUAUUGUUCUGUAUAACAAGUAAGAUAAUGGCGCUGUUCCCGGUUCUAGGAGACACCCCUUUAUUUUUAGAAUUAUGCCAAAUGAAAAGGACCUAGUAAUGUGUCACUUCUGCUGAAAAUGGGAGGAUACAAUCAGACUGGGAUCCUGAGGUUUAGAACACCCACAAAUAAACUCCACUGAUAAAAGCCACCAAAACAUAUUUUUCCAAAAAAAAUUAAGUUUGUCUAGAGCCGCGGUGGGCUAACAGAUGCGGCAGGGGGUCAGUAGCCACGGUCAUCCUUUAACAUGGGAAUACAUUUUCCAUUUACCGAGAUUAAACAAUGACAUUAUGCCAUUAGAGCUUUGUUUGUGAACUCUAACAUUAAAAAUCAGAAAAAAACCAAUUGUUAGCUUUUUAUCCAGCUCUGAACUGUGCUGAUACUGAAAUAUGAAUUGGAAAAACUUAGGCAAAAUAUUUCAUCUAGAAAAAAAGUGUCUGUUUGGCUACUUCCGGCUAUGCUUUACUGAUUGGAUUUUAAUUUGCUGCAAUUUGGAGUUUAGCGAAUAUCCUGGGGAAUCUGGGCAAAAGUCCUAAUUGCUCAUAAAAGUCACAAUUUUUCUGGAAAUUAACACUGUCAUGGAAUGGGGCAAGAGCUAACUCUUGUUAACCCUUAAAGCACUUGAAAAGGGGUCUGUGGUGUCCUCUUAAAGGAAAGCUACACAGUGUCCAUAACAUACAAAUUUGCCCCAAAUAGUUAGAGGGGGCUUUUAGAUUCAUGUGACCCUCUUUUUAGUUAAAACCCAAAACAGAAAAAAAACCUAUUAAAUUAAAUUAACCCUUUACUCACCUGUUAUCCAGUCUGUUAUCUGUAGCCGCAAUCUGCCUCAGCUGAUGUCAACAGGUUACCCCUUAUCAGCAAAUUACUGAUAGACAAUACCAAGACUUUUCACUAAACCUGAAUUGUAUUCAAAUGAAAUCCAAAUUGGAAAACUCGUCUACAUAAAAGCUUUGACUUGAGUCAGGGAACUUUUUAAAAUCACAUUUUGUUUUUAAAUUUAGAUUUAAAAAGUGUCUAAUGAUAAUACGCAGGGCACGGCUUCCAGAUGAAGUUCUGAAUUCCUUAAUAUCUUGCCUUAAAGUACAAGGACUUGAUGCAAUGAUUUGGUAGAAAUGUAGGGUGAAUGUGGCCCUUGUAUCCUAUGUGGAUCACCCGAUACAGCCUACAGGGACCUCUCUGUGAACCUAUCGUUUAGUUAUCCAGUCCCUGAUUACACAGGACACUCCGGUAGAAUAUUCUCACUAACCGGACAAAUUAAUUUAAAAAAUGAUUGUACCAGCAGGUAAAUCUGCCCGUUUUAUCUGGGACAUUAACAUGUGCAUACCAAGCAUUUUAACCCCUUUUUUUGUGAAAUGUACACGUGAUAAGGUCUACUUACCUUUGCAAAUCAAAGCAAUCUAAAAUGAAAUUUCUCCCAUAAUGCCCCAUUGAGCCAGCACUGGCUCUCACCCUGCAGAGAAGCUAAUUUCUCUACAUUCCUAAACCGAUAUUUCAUCUGUCACUAUUUUAUUAUGAAAUUUAAAAAAAGUAAGUUUUAUCGCCCCUUUCACCAUAUUCCCAAACCAGGCCUUAAAGUGACCAGAGACUCGGCCAGAUCGAGGGGAAUUAAACAAACCCGGGAGAACUUGAGAACUUAUGGCACGUCAAAUAAAUACAGCUUCAGCAAAGAGGCUAAUUUACUAAAUACCGAAUGGCGAUGAAUUGAAUACCAAACUGCAAUGUGUUCCCCAGAAUAGCUGAAUUGAGAAAAGUCUCGAACUCGCAGCGUGUAUGUUUUAGUCUAAAUUUUGCCAUUGAGUGUUAAGUGAAUAUGCCCCAAUACGUGGUACUUCACCAUUUUAUUUAAUGCGAGUGUGAGCCUUGUGCACUUCAGUUGUUAUAGACCGUAUUAUGGAUUUUCACUGCACACACGGAAUGGGGUAGAAUCGCACUGCUAAAAAAAAGAGCUAGCAACUGGUCACUUUUGCACCUUGUGCAGCAAUAUUUGUGGACAGUAACUAGACGUUUGUGGUACAGAUGGCACCCCAGUUUCUAUUUCUGGUGGGCAUCAUGUUCUAUGUGAGUGCAGACCCCCAGCUGUGUUCCGAUGGGGUCGUUUUGCUCACAGAGACCCAUUACCAGGAUAAAUUCUCCCCACCAAAACCACCACCAGUAAUCGCGUGCAUAACCGAGAGGGCACUGAAAGAGGUCUCAAUAACUACCCCCAAUCCAUUAUACUUGUAAGCAUGAAAGUAUUUGAUGUGAAACUGUGAAUAUUUGCAUCAGGCUUUAUAUAUUUUUCAUUUGAUUGCUGUAAUUAAUGUGGUGGGGGGGGGGGGUACUUUGUGCUGGAUCUAAAUGCUGGGGUUUCACAUUAUAAGAACACACAGGGGACACGCGAGAGGAGGCUCCUCUGUGGAUUAGCUUUUACCAUAAAAGACUUGUCUGAUUAUCAAAAGGUCUUUUAAAGAUCUAGGCUGAUGGGCUGCAGACAUUUUACUGAGAGAUAAAAGUUUCUUUCUUUGAACAGAACGUCAUCCUAAUCAUCUCUUGCUCACCUCUUAAUUUGUGAUUAACGUAUAAGUGCAGCGUUCAGGAGGGAGAUAGAGGAGGGAGGGGGGGGAGUGCGCUCAGGAUUAAAUUAACUCUACAAUGCUGGGCAAUAAUAGCGCACAAGAGUUAGAGCCCAAAUUGAUACUAAUGGAAAUCAUACCCGGGUCCAGGCGAGGUAUUUACUAAGCCCCAGCACAGGCGCCCCGUUGGUUACAGCCUCCAUAUUGUGUUGGCGGUUGCUGGCACAGGGUGGUAUUUUUUGCUAAUGUACAAACAUCCCUCUUUAUUAAUAUUUGUUGUUCGGGAAUUGCUUAGCUGGGAAGGAUGGGUUUUAUAUCCAGAAGAACACUUACAUUGCAUAAUUAGACUUUGAUAUAAGAGGCAGGCAAUUAGAGAUAUUAUGUCGCAGUAUGAUAAAACUUAAAACAUAAUUGGAGAGCUGCAUCGAAGCACCAGCUAAGAAGCUCACGUCUAAAGUGCAGGUACAAAAUUCAGGGAGAACAUUUAUUGCAAUCUGUGCCCGUGUUACCCAAUUAGGCAAAGAUGGUAUCAAUUGACCUGCAAAGCGGUCACGCCAGGGCUUGGUACCCACUUGGAUCACAUGGUCCUUUCCCCCUAAUGUCUGCCUACUAAGCCCUAAUUCGGCAGAGAUUUGGGCUUUGUAUCUGCCAUGUUGCAGCUAUCACUUCCAGUUACCACACACUGGGAAGGAACCGGCGCGUUUUACAGCCUAGCCAGGCUCAGCAAAACAAACUGCAUGUUAACCUUUAGUGGAGUGACAGGAAAUGGAAGGGACUGAGCUGCACGUGGCUAUGACCUUGCCAGGAUUUGCUAUGCAGCAUCCUGGGAUUCAUGGUACGAUUGGGAUUUGCAUCAAAUGCCAGGUUAUGCCAGGACAAACCUUAAUAUGAUGGAUUUAAAAAAUAUUCUCAGAUCAGAACCAGCUAUUAUUCAUAGUUAUAUAUAUAUAUAAAAUGUAUUUCUUUAAAGAUAUUUCUGCGCUUGUUCGGCUGUGUUGUAGGCUCAGUUUUAUUUAUUGAAAUAGAGUUACAAAAAUAUAAAUCCUGCAUAUGAAAGCAGUACUGCUCCUGUCAUGUCUUUUUCCAUUCCUUUUUGUUAUAUUUAAGGCUGGUUUGAAUUUUUUUUUCCUUUUUCAUCAAAAUAAAUUCAUCGGGGAAAAUCAUGGGGAUUUCAGGAAAGGCCUAGGGGUUAUGACUUUGGGUGGAGUCAUACUGGGGGACAAGUUUGGUGUGACGUGAGUUGAAGUCUAUGUCCAAUGGAGCAUAAGAGGAAUGUUGGUGCAUGAUGGGAGUUAUUAGUAUGUGCUGUGUAAUGGAUGAAGUUCUCUAGUCGGGUUGAGCUUGAUGGGAGUUAGCCACGAUGUGAAGAAUGGUUAUGGUGGCUGGGUCACUGGCGUGCUCAUUCAUUAGCAGAGAAGGCGAGAGAUACGGUGACAGGAUGGGGAGCUGAGCCGCUGUCAGCAUUUCAUCCUGUUCCCAGCUGUGGGCGCUGAUGCCAAACUGUCUAACGCAGGAGCAGAGACAUUGUUAUUGUAAAGACAAGGCUGACGGAAGGAAGAGAGCGGGCGAACGAUAUAAAUAACAUUAUUAAUAUUUUAUAUAACAAGCACAAAAUGAGAAGGUACGGCUUGAGAAAAAUAUCAAGAAUCUGACCUAGAAAGAAAUAGAAUCACAACUGGAUAGACCUGGCCAGCAGAGCUUACACUCUAGCAGGUAAUUUGGAAAGAGCAAUGUUUAAAACAUGGGGGGAAAUAUUGUUUGUGCAUCCAAUCGUCCAUAGUUUAACUCUGUGAUUGCUGGUAUGUUUAAGGAUAGGUAGGCUUUAUUCACAAAACAAGAAAAAUUGACACGGGAAUGGUAAAUAGUGGGAUAAUCCACAGAAUAAUUACGGUGUUUGUAAUGCAGAUUAAAACAUUCCCUGUGAAACCUGCAUCUACAACAGGAAUUCAGCAAUGCAUACCAAGUGUCAUUAUUUAGGAGGGACAGUCCCUGUUUUGGAAUCAAAUCCCUAUGUCCCUCUUUUCUAGGAGUUCCAUAUUGUUGGUGUGUCUGAGUGUAUAACAGAGCUCCACAGCAAUAAUACUCCCAGUAAUGUGUCGGAGUGUAUAACAGUAAUGUGUCUUUAAACUACAAUAAACGAGUUUGAAAAUCAGUCUGUGUAAAUAAGAUACAUUGUUCUUGUUAUAAAUUAAAUUUUAGCUGUAUCAAUUAAAGUUAGUAAGUCACCUAUAAUUUCUCAGAACAGCACUGCCCCUGAUCACACCUCCACUCACACUCAGAAUAGCCCCGCCUAUGGCCACACUCACACUCAGCACAGUCCUGCCCCCCAGCCACACCCCUAAAAUUAAAGUGUCCCCCUUUGUCCAUGUGAAAUGUUAGGCCAAAUGGUUAUUCGUUCCACCCAACACAAGGCCUUCGUCAUACUGGUAGCAAGACCAGUUUUCCCACCAGGAACUAAUGACCGAGAGCGUCCCAUAACGCUUUCUAUCAUUCACAUAUAAGGGAGAUUUGUGUCACGCAGUCACACAUCAUUCCAGUAAACCACUAGGGAUUACCCUAAAAUGCUAAACCAUAAUGUCGGCCACUGGAGGGACCCUUUAACAAGAGUAUCUCAAAUUGUAGGCCAAAAUCAAUCCAAAAAUAGUAGAUUUGACCAAUUUUUCAGCGUAACUUUUUACCUAUAAUUUGCAAUUCCCUUCUGAGUUUCAACCAAUAAACCCCAACACGACAUUUACUAAAGGAAACAUUUUUAAGUGUAAUUUGUCAUUUAUUUUGGAGACGUAUUAUAUAGCAGAGCUUUUAUCUGUAAUAAUUCGGUUGUGAUAAAUGAUGUGCAGAAUUCUGAUAAUGCCCUGGUUUGUGCAGACAUUCGCUAUAUCCCCCCAAUAACAGCCAGGUUAGGAAAGGCUCCUGUUGAAUCACUUAAAUCGGAAAGCCGGUCAAAGAUUUAAUAAGUCAACAGCGAAGGAUUGAGAUCGGCUUAAUGCGAACGUGCUGGAACGCAGAGCUGUGUGUUUGACAAACCCGUGGGGAAUUGCAAAUCUUGUUUCCUCACAACCCCACCGCAAUUAAUUCAACGCUUCCAGUUCCUGUCAGUCUUGAAAGGCAUAUAAUGAAUGGUCAUAUUCGGCCAAAAAUUAUCUUCCUUCAUUAGCUAUCAGAGAAAUUAGCAUAAUCCGUACUUUGAAUCCGUGUUCAAACAUGACUGUCCGCCACGUACACUCUGGCCGUCAUUGUGGGACGUUAUCCAACUAACUGUGCGGUUAAAUUGCUUAAUGAAUAAAAGUAUUGGAUAUUCAGAACAUGAGAGAAAUUAUAUCAUGUAAAAUGUGAUAAAACAGAAAACGUGGACUAGAAAAACCUGUGAAUUCAAUACGGUUUAGUUAAUAUAACCCAGAGACCCCAUUUAUGGACACUUAAAUUCAGAGACAUUCUUUUCAGAAGGAAUUAUUGGAUAUAUAAUCGAUGGUUACAGUUUGUAGGGCAUUCACAAUAUAGACUCUUGCAAGAGGUCCAUCUAACGCCCAGAAUUUCUCUACUCACCCAGAAUCUACUAAUUUUUCUUUAAGAUGUUCUAUUUCAUAUAAUUUUUUUUCUUUCCAUAGUGCUGAUGGGGAUUUUGCCGUUACCCACCUGACAAAAGCACACCUAUUUCAUGACGGAAGGAUAAAAUGGAUGCCGCCUGCCAUUUACAAGAGCUCCUGCAGCAUUGAUGUCACCUUCUUCCCCUUCGAUCAACAGAACUGCACCAUGAAAUUUGGAUCCUGGACUUAUGACCGAGCAAAGAUUGACCUGAUCAGUAUGCACAGUCAUGUUGACCAGUUAGACUACUGGGAAAGUGGCGAGUGGGUCAUUGUCAACGCAGUAGGCAAUUACAAUAUCAAGAAGUAUGAAUGUUGCACUGAAAUCUACUCCGACAUCACAUAUUCCUUCAUCAUCAGAAGGCUGCCACUAUUUUACACAAUAAACCUCAUCAUCCCCUGUCUUCUAAUAUCAUGUUUAACUGUGCUGGUCUUCUAUCUGCCCUCGGAAUGUGGAGAGAAGAUCACACUCUGUAUCUCUGUGCUGCUUUCCUUGACUGUCUUCCUGCUGCUCAUCACGGAGAUUAUUCCAUCCACGUCCUUGGUCAUUCCACUGAUUGGCGAGUACCUUCUCUUCACCAUGAUCUUUGUCACGCUCUCCAUCAUCAUUACUGUGUUUGUGCUAAAUGUUCAUCAUCGCUCCCCACGCACCCACACCAUGCCUGCUUGGGUGCGCCGGAUAUUCUUGGACGUUGUGCCUAGAGUACUUUUCAUGAAAAGGCCAGUGAAAGACAACUGCAAAAAGCUAAUUGAGUCCUUACAUGCCAGAAGGCUCAGCCCAACACCAAGGAUGUGGUCUGAGACAGAGGUUGAACCCACAUUCCAAAGUUCAUCAUCUCCUAGCCCAACCAGCCAGCGGGGAUCGCCCACAUCAUCGUACUGUCACCAGCUUGAGCAAACAGUCAACUCUCAAGUGGUCUGCAAGUCUCCAUCGGGACAGUACUCUAUGCUGUGUGAGGAAUCCACACUGACCAGCUGUCCUUCUCCACAAGCCCAGACCCAUCUGUUGGCAGAAGCCCACUCCAACCUAAUGCCCAAGAUGCGCUCUGUAAGUGUCCAGCAAAUGUACACCCCCAAGGAAGUGAAUGAGGGGACAAUCCGCUGCCGCUCCAGGAGCAUCCAGUACUGCUACCUGCAUGAGGAUUCCUCUCAGGCCAACGGUCAGUCCAGCAGCUCCCCGCUGUCCCAAAAAUGUCAAAUGCAUGAAGAGCAAUCAGGGAGCCAAAGUUCACAGUGCAAAUGCAAGCCCAAGAGCCAGGAGAAACCAAGCAGUGCUGGGCAAGUUGCCAAAACAGUCAGUGCCAAAGAGCAGCAUGUCCUCCUAAUGUCCCCAUCGCUCAAGCUGGCCAUUGAGGGAGUCCAGUACAUAGCCGACCACCUGAGAGCAGAGGACGCAGACUUCUCUGUGAGUGUGAAAUUUUAUCUUAUCAGAACCUUGAACAACACAUAUCGAAUUUAUAUUUCAUUAAUGCAGAUACGGCCGAGAACAUGAGAUUAUUUAGAUGACAGGUGGAGGGGUAGGUGUUCUGAUAUGUGUUAGGAGUGGUAAGACAAUCCUAAUAAACAGAUGAUCAUGUACCCAAUUUUAAAACCUAUAUCUCUGUAUUAGGAUCGGGGUAUGUGACUGAUCUCUCUGUAUUAGAAUCGGGGUAUGUGACUGAUAUCUCUGCAUUAGGGUUGGAAUACACUAUAUCUGUGUACUAGCGUUGGGGCACAUGAUAUCUCUCUAUUAGGAUUGGGGUACCUGAUAUCUCUCUAUUAGGAUUGGGGGACACGACUGAUAUCUCUGCGUUUAGAGUAGGGUACAUGACUGAUAUAUCUGCGUUAGGAGUGGGGUACAUGACUGAUAUCUCUGCGUUAGGAGUGGGGUACAUGACUGAUAUCUCCCUAAUUUCCCUCUACAGGUGAAGCAGGACUGGAAGUACGUUGCCAUGGUAAUUGAUCGAAUCUUCCUCUGGAUGUUUAUAAUAGUCUGCCUCCUGGGCACAGUUGGCCUUUUCCUUCCGCCCUGGCUGGCCGGGAUGAUCUAA